CCAAAUAAAAUGGUCCGGUGAACUUGCAGAUCCAGAGACCUGAGUAACGCCUGUCCACAGGACCAUGAGACUCGUGAGGAUUUAGGGCCUUAGGCUAUAAGGUCUCAAAACUCAGAAGACAUAAACCCUAUUGCCUGAAGUUCAGAGGGAAAGGAAAACGACCCUAUUGCAUAGAAAGAUAACAAAACGAAAGCUCGAGGACUGACAUCGAGCGACCGAAUCCCAGCACUUCAGGCUUGAGUCUUAAGGGGUCAGAUCGAAAUGGGUUGGAAAGCGGCUCAGAAACUCAUUAGGCAUUGGAAAAUCCUCAGAGGAGAUAAUGUGAUGAUAACAAGGGGGAAAGACAGAGGAGAGACGGGUGUUAUUAAGCGCGUAAUUCGAUCGCAGAAUCGCGUCAUCGUCGACGGCAAGAAUUUGGUAAAAAAGCAUAUCAAACAAGGGCAAGGUCAUGAAGGUGGAAUAUUUACUGUUGAAGCACCACUGCACGUAUCGAAUGUUCAAGUUGUUGACCCAGUGACAGGGAAGCCAUGUAAGGUCGGAUCUAGAUAUCUUGAAGAUGGCACUAAAGUAAGAGUAUCUAGGGGUCUGGGAGCAUCUGGAUCCAUAAUACCUCGUCCUGAAAUCUUGAAGAUAAGGACUACACCAAGGCCUACUCUUGCUGGCCCCAAGGAUACAACACUGGAUCUCGUAUUGGAGAAGACCUAUGAUGCUAAGACAGGGAAGGGCAUGCCUGAACUUUGAGAGAGACAUUUUCUUGGUUCAACUUUAUGGCAAGUGUCAACACAAUAAACUUGAAGAUGUUGUAGACACUUGUUUUUUGGAGAGGGGGUGGGGGUGUGGUUUCAAUGAGUUGAGACAGUCACGUAUAUGCCCUGCUUCCUUUUCGGUUUUGAUGUACUAUUUUAAGUUGCUCAAAACUGUACGAAUUGCUAUGUUCUCGCAUGGACCACCUAAUUUGUCUGCUACAAUAGUCGAAUGCUUGCUUUGAA